CCCCUCCUCGGCCCCGUGCCGCCUCGCCACGCCAGAAACCCUAGGAGGGGCAAAUCGCCGCGGCGCGGGGGCGGGCGUCGUCGUCGGGCGCACCGGAAGGUCGCCGCAGUCGAACCCCGAGAGGAAGUGCACCUCCAAGAUCUAGCCCUUCAACCACAGAGUGGAGGUCGACCCAAGUUCUUCCAUCGACGGGGCGCGGGGGUCGGGUGUCGUGGGGCGCCGGAGUCGAACCCGAUCGAGCCUUCAAGCACCGGGUGGAGGUUGACGACAAGUUCUUCGAUCGCUCGUGCGCGGGGGUCGGGUGUCGCGGGGCGCCGGUCUCGAGACCGAUUGAGCCCUUCAAGCACCUGGUGGAGGUCGACCACAAGUGCUUCGACAAGUCCCGGAAGAAGCUUGACGACCGCGAGAUUCUACAUCUGCAACGCCAGCGACCUCUGCUUCGAAUCUAUACAGUUUGACAACUCUGAUCCACCAUUACCUUGCUUAAUUUUUUGCCCCUGCUAAUCCCUGUUACUUCUGGUGCACCUGCAAUCGGCGAGGUAGGAUCGACGAUAGAUGUGUUGGUUCGUACCUAUCGGGGUUCGUCGCUAGAUUCAGAUUUCACAUGUAUCUAUACUUCUUGAGGAUUUCUUUCUGUUCUUGUGAUCGUAGAUUGGAUGUGGGGCUGUCUUCAGGUUAUCCUAUUUUGCGAGUUUGUGGUUUGUGAGUAGGAAAUUGGCAUGUGCCGACACCUGAGAGAGCGUGGAGGUAGCACUACUUUUGGUAGAAAUAAGUUGUAUGGGCUUUCUCGUGCUUACAGGCUUUGAAUUGCGCUGCGUUUGUUGUUUGGGAACUGGUAUGUGCUGGAACAUGAGAGGUUGUGGACAUAUCACUUAGUUAGUUUUUUGGUACAAAAGAGCUUCAUUGGUUUUGCCACGCAUGGGUGGUUGUGACUUGUGCAAGUUUGUAUUUGUUGUUUGGUAAUUGGGCUGUGUUUGCUCUGAUAGUAGUUUUGGAGUUGUGGACGUAGAUACUUCUUUUUGGUACAGAUUGGUCGCAUGCAUUUUGCCACGCUUGUGUGAUUCUGACUUGCACAAGUUGGCAACUGUUGUUCGAAGAUUAGGAUGUGUUUACUCUUACUGUAGUUUGGAGUCGGUGAAGUAGUGCUAAAGUUAGUUACACAUUACUUGCAUGGAAUUUUCCUGCUCUGCUGUGGCUGUGACUCGCGCAAGUUUGUAUUUGUGGUUUGGAAAUUGUGGUGUUGCUCUGAUCGUAGUUUUGGAGUCGUGGACUAAGUGCUUCAUUUUUGGUAGAAGUUAGUUGCAUGGGUUUUACCACACAGAUGUGGCUGUGAGUUACUCAAGUUUCUAUUCGUAGUCAGAAAUUGGCAUGUCUUGCCCUGGUGUAGUUUUGGAAAACUGGGUGUAGCGCAUAGUUUUGGUGAAAAUUAGUUGUGCAUGUGUUUGCCCUGCCAGUGUGAUUCACUUGUGUCAUGUUUUAUAUGCUGGUGUUGUUGCAUGGGUGUAGGGGUGCCAUCCAUUGCUUCAAAGUUCAUUAGCAGCAUUUAUUAACAACUUAGUCACUCUAAUAUUCGAGCUCAAAUGACUCCUGGGUAAGCAUAUUCAUCCACGCUUUGUCCAAUCCAUGGUAUAGCUUGCAUUAACAAACACAAUAUUGCCAAACUGGCUUAUGGUUUACUUACUUCAUUAGCAAGUACUAAUGGUGGUAUAUGAUGGGAAAAGAUAUGUUGGAUGUACUUGAACUAGAAUUAAGGUAGGUGUAAAAUGACCACACUAGCCUGCAUAAUGUUACAGUUAGCUAAUUUAUUAUUGUUUCACUGUGUAAUGAACUUUCUUGGCAAACCAUUCAUUAAUUUACCCGUCCUGGGAUUUAAGCGAUUGGGUAGAAAUGAACUCAACUCUGUAGAAUGAGUAACGAAAUCCACACUGGUUCUUUGGGGAUGGUAACUCACUAAAUUAGGUAGGCGUAUACCCAAAAAAAAUUAGGUAGGCAUAUUAUAGGAAAUGCAUCAUUUUUUCUCCUAAAAAUUAAGUUAUCUUUUAGCGAAUUAAUGUAAGACUAUAUAUAAAAUUUAACACUCUCUCUUUGUAAGAUGUGGUGCCAUUCUACUUGGUUAGUAACCAUUUAGAUUCCUUGUUGCGUCCAGGAGCAGUGUAGAGUCAGGAGUGGAGUGAUUCUGAGCGGCCACUGAAUCUGGGCCAAUAGUGAGGUCCUCCCCCCCAUUUCAGCCUCGCAAAUGAAGAUUAUGCAGUUUGCUUUCCGGAGGAUACGUUCCCUACUUUCAUCUGAUGCAAAGUGUCUUAAGCCGUGUUUGUCUCGUCACUCUUCUACCUUUGAAAAUUUUGAUACUUAUCCAGUGAGUAAUGCAAUUUGGCAUUCUAGGGAGGUCGACAUGAAGGAUCUUGGAGAUCCUGUCAAUUUCUUUGGCAGGAACCGAAUGUUUGAUUCAAUAUUAUACAACAAGCUUGUAGGCAGACCUAAAAGCAAGGACGGAAGGAAGAUCAAUCCUUAUCUUGCCAAGAUUAUCAAGAUGAACCCAAAAAUGGUUUCUGAAAUAUUUGCUUAUGCACUGAGAUCAUUGGCGGUUAUUACUGUGGAAAACCAUCGGAGGGGGGUUCCUUUAGGUGCUGCUGUGGAGCUAUCUAACCUGAGGAUCUCUUAUUCUUGUGGUAAGUUUGUCUUGCUCAAUAUCCUGCCAAAGUCACCUGGCUAUAAGGGGUUGACUCUGCAACAGAGAUGUAAUGAUUGGAUAGCAAUAAGAGAUCUUGUGAAGAAGUUGGUAGAGAAGGUUUGCGGGAGUGGUGUUCAAUAUCCUGUGGAUUUUGCCCACUGGCUUGAGAAGUUGGGUGAACCUCAGCCACCAAUAUUCCUGAUACUAUAUCAUACCGUGUUCCUAAGAUCGAAUGCCCGUUUCUAUUAUCAUGUUUCAAUGGAUCAGUUCUGCAGGAAGGAGCCAAGGGGCAAGUUCAACAUGAUUAUGAAUGAUUCUGAUUUGCAUGAGAUGCUGAGAGAGAUAGGUGACCUUAGAGAUCUGUUAAACCUUGCCGAACUGAAUGAGUUUCUAAAGUGCUGUAUAGCAGGUGACGAUGGAACUCAAGCAGCUGCAGCUAAAUAUCCAAAGGGCGGGCAACCAAGCAAUGGUACAGGCCAGCAGGGUCAAGCACCACCAGCCACAGGCCAGCAGGGUCAACCACCAGCAGCCACAGGCCAGCAGGGUCAACCACCAGCAGCCACAGGCCAGCAGGGUCAAGCACCACCAGCCACAGGCCAGCAGGGUCAAGCACCACAACCAGCUGCUCGAGGUGGCCAGAGUCAAACAUUCACUUCAAGUAAUGCUCCACCACAAGGUCAGCCAUCUCAAGCCCAAGGGAACUCAAUCCCACAAGGACAGGCAUUUCAAACUCAGGACCCUCAUGCACUGCUUCAGCAGGCCAGACUCAAAGGUGGGUACACCUUGGUUGCUGUCCACCGCAACAGCCCUGUGCAUUCAAAGAUCGAUGUUGAAUCGCCGAGCAAUUAUUCAGAUCGUCUAUUUCACGUUCCUUCCCUUCGACCAUACAGUUCUUGAGCUCUUCUGCAAGAAAGGGAUUCAGCAUCAAUUGGACAUGGAGUGCUUGUUUGGUGAGACCAGGGACACAUGGAAAUUUGCAAUAGACCAGCAUAAGUAUGAUGUUCAACAAGAAUGGGACUUAGAAGAACCAAUCAACUAGUCCUAGGAAAUGCUAUGCAAGCCCCUGAUGACAAGAGUGUAGCAUCAGUUGCUGCAAGAUGAUCCUUAACAGCAAGCAUGUCCUGGUGAGAAGGAGCAGCAGCUAUGGAUGAACAAUCCUGGUGAAACGUUUUCUUUUUUCUCUUGAUCUGGUCCCUUCCCCGGACGAACUAAUCUGGUGAUGUUCUCUAUCCAGUGAUGUAAUGGUGCUAGAACUAUCAUUUGCACUUUGUUGAGCAUGGUGAAACAUUUUCCUUUUCCUCUUGAUCUGGUCCCUUCCCCGGAGGAACUAAUUUGGUGAUGUUCUCUAUCCAGUGAUGUAAUGGUGCUAGAACUAUCAUUUGCACUUUGUUGAGCAUGGUGAAACAUUUUCCUUUUCCUCUUGAUCUGGUCCCUUCCCCGGAGGAACUAAUUUGGUCAUGUUCUCUAUCCAGUGAUGUAAUGGUGCUAGACAUUUGCACUUUGCCGAGCAUGAUAAAUGUUUUUUAUGUACAAAUGUGGAAUGAAUCUGCUUUUUGAGCUGAAAGUACAAAUAUUGUCUACUGAUGAUGUGUUCUUAUGCACAUGAUGAUGUUUCGUUGAUC